UUGUGCGGUGUUUCCUGAGGCUGACGCAGGCCGGAGCUCAGUUUCAUUUCAUAAUUAGAUCAGCAGCUGUGAGAGGUCAACAUCUGGCCGCAGGUGACUCGGCUCCUCCUCACACUCACAGAUCGAGCAGGUGACCCGCUCCACAACAAAAACAUCCGAGUCAGAAAGUGUCUGAGCUCAUCAUAGGUCAAAGUCUACGUCAUUACGAGAGGCAGCAGGUGGAGUGUCUGGACCAAUAUUUGAGCUUCCUGAUGAUGUCACAGUGACGGUCUGAAACAUGAAAACAGAUACAAGCUUUGGUGCACAGGUGUCACAAAAACAGCAAAGCUUAACAGACUGACGUCCCGUGGCGCCCAGCAAGUGCUCCACAGCACGGCCUCCAUGAAGCAGCACAUACUGCAGCCUGAUUGGCUGCUAAAAGCAGUGAUCGAUUAGUGAUUGGUGAUCUUCUCAGAUCCUUGUGUUCUUCCUGCAGGGUCACAUUUAUGUGACAUCAUCCCUGCAGAUCAAUAAUUCAGAGAAGCAUCAGCCUAGUGCAAACACAGCCACUUCCUGUUAGAAUGACUGAUCACGUGACACACACGCGCGCGCACACACGCACACGGCGAUGUAGCCCCGCCCCUCCCGCCGGGCGGGGCGCGGUGCUGCAGCUCAGCAUCCUCAGCAGCAUCCAGGACCCGGUGCAGACCACAUCCCGGAGCAGGACACGGAGGAGCUCCACACGGGUGCAGGAACUGACCCGAAACCCUCAGUUCAUUGUGGGCGGAGCCACCAGGACCGACAUCUGUCAGGGCGCUCUGGGUGACUGCUGGCUGCUGGCUGCGAUUGGCUCGCUGACGCUGAACGAGCAGCUGCUGCAUCGCGUUGUUCCUCACGGUCAGAGCUUCAGCCACCAAUACGCCGGCAUCUUCCACUUCCAGUUCUGGCAGUUUGGGCAGUGGGUGGACGUUGUGAUCGACGACCGGCUGCCAGUCAAAGAUGGCGAGCUGCUGUUCGUCCACUCGGCUGAAGGCACUGAGUUCUGGAGCGCUCUGCUGGAGAAGGCCUACGCCAAGUUGAACGGGUCAUACGAGGCGCUGUCCGGCGGCAGCACCACUGAGGGCUUCGAGGACUUUACGGGAGGCGUGUCAGAGAUGUACGAGCUGAAGAAGGCGCCCAAAGAUCUUCAUCGCAUCAUCAGCAAAGCGCUAGAAAGAGGCUCGCUGCUCGGCUGCUCCAUCGACAUCACCAACAGCCUCGACAUGGAGGCGGUCACCUUUAAGAAGCUUGUCAAAGGCCACGCCUACUCUGUGACAGGCCUCAGACAGGUGGAGUACCGGCGCCAGCGCGAGCUGCUGAUCCGGAUCAGGAACCCCUGGGGUCAGGUGGAGUGGACCGGAGCAUGGAGCGAUAACUCCUCGGAGUGGAACGCCAUCGACUCGGCCGAGAAGGACGAGAUGCUGUGCAAGAUGGAGGACGGGGAGUUCUGGAUGUCAUUCCAGGAGUUCCUGCGUCAGUUCUCCCGGCUGGAGAUCUGCAAUCUGACUCCAGACGCUCUGAGCCAGGACUCCACCAGCUUCUGGAACACCGCCACGUACGAGGGCAGCUGGAGGAGAGGGAGCACCGCCGGGGGCUGCAGGAACCACCCGAACACCUUCUGGAUCAACCCUCAGUAUAAAAUUUCCCUGCUAGAGGAGGACGAUGACCCCGAAGAUGAAGAAGCCGCCUGCAGCUUCUUGGUGGCGCUGAUGCAAAAAGACCGCCGCCGCUACCGCCGCCAAGGCCAGGACAUGCACACCAUUGGCUUUGCCAUCUAUGAGAUUCCUCAACAGCACCGAGGCUGUCCCAGCGUUCACAUGAAGAAGGACUUCUUCCUGCGUCAGUCCUCUUGCGCUCGCUCAGAGACCUUCAUCAACCUGCGAGAGGUGAGCGGCAGGUUCCGCCUGCCGCCCGGCGAGUACCUGAUUGUCCCGUCGACCUUUGAACCCUCGAAGGAGGCGGACUUUGUCCUGCGGGUAUUCACAGAGAAGCAGUCUGAGAGCCAGGAGAUGGACGACGGCGUGGUGGCGAACUUUGAUGAAGAGGAGGAAGUGUCAGAGAGCGACAUCGACGACUCCUUCAGGUCCAUGUUCGCUCAGCUGUCUGGAGACGACAUGGAGAUCUCAGUGCGGGAGCUCAGGACCAUCCUCAACAGAGUCGUGUCCAAACACAGAGACCUGCAGACUGACGGCUUCAGCACGGAGUCCUGCAGAGCCAUGGUCAGCCUCAUGGACAAAGAUGGCAGCGCUCGCCUCGGGCUGCUGGAGUUUCAGAUCCUCUGGAACAAGAUCAGGAAGUGGCUGGGAAUCUUCAGAGAGUUCGAUCUGGAUAAAUCUGGCUGCAUGAAUUCCUACGAGAUGCGUCUGGCGCUGGAAAAUGGCGGCUUCAAACUGAACAACAAGCUGCAUCAGAUGCUGGUGGCUCGAUACGCCGACAACGAGAUCAUCGACUUUGACAACUUCACCUGCUGCCUCGUCAAACUGGAGGCCAUGUUCCGAACCUUCCAGCACCUGGACACAGACGGGACGGGCACCGUGGAGAUGAACCUCAUCGAGUGGCUCUGUAUGAGCAUGUGCGGCUGAGUCACCGGAGCGUCAGAGCGCCUCCUCCAGGAAGAACCAGUCCAUCACAGCUCUACUGCACUGAACUACACUGCAGUACUGCUACAGUAAAGCAUGCAGCAGAAAGAUAUUAAUCAGAGUAGUCUGCAGCCUUAUUCAUAUCCUGCAUGAUCACACACACAGGUAUUGUAGCACACCUGUGCAGGUAGUAGUUUCUAUAAUCACGGGUCUUCCAGCUGUUGAAUGGAUGCUGGGAGAAAAAUAAAGUAAUUGAUCAGCAUCGUUGUGUCUGUUUCUCUGAGCUUCGCCUCGUUUCCUGUGUGAGGAGCUGCUGAUGCUGCUCUUCCCCGACCU